GAAAAGGAAAAGUAAAUAACCUAAAUAACUAUACACUAUCUAACAAUGGGCUUAACCAUUCCAUUGUCCAAAUUGUGCAUAUCGAUUUUCAUUCCCUUUACCAAAUGAUUGCAACUUUACAUGGAGGUUCUAAUAAGUCUCCUUGGUAUGCCUUGGUUCUUUGCAUAGACACACCACAAUCUAUCUUUGUUGACUAGUGUUCUAGACACUUCACUCCUCCAUAAUUGUUGUUUGGCAAUAUGGAUUUUGGCUUCAUAGUGACUAAAGCCGAGCCUUUUGUUGUUAGAGUGUCAAGCAUAACGCCACAAUCCAUUUGAAUACUAAAAGUUGAGAUUUCUGGUUGGGAAUUCUCUUUAGAUUGAGCAAUAUAGGCUUGACUGUUCCAUUGUCUAGAUUGUGCAUAUCGACUUUCAUUCCCUCUACCAAAUGAUUGUGGCUUUCUAUGGAAUUUCCAACAAAUCUCCUUGGUAUGCCUUGGUUUUUUGUAAUAGACACACCACAAUCCAUCUUUGUUAACUAGUGAUCCAGACACUUCACUUCUUCCAUAAUUGUUGUUUGGUAGUGUGCAGUUUGGCUUCAUAGUGACAAGAGUUGAACCUUCUGUUGUUAGGGUGUCAAGCAUAACACUCCUUCCUUCUUUUGCUCUUACAAUGGAGAAGACUUCAUUUAAGGGAGGUACUGUGAGAUUUAAUCUUGAUCCUUUCAAUGAGCACAAUGAUGCUGACCUUUGGAAGGCUCUAAAGAGAGCACAUCUCAAGGACUUCAUUAGGAUGAAUUCUUUUGGUCUGGAUGCAGAGGUCUUGGAGAGAGGAGAGAAUUUCAGUGUUGGGCAGAGACAACUAUUAAGUCUUGCUCGAGCUUUGAUGCGGAGAUCAAAGAUUCUCAUCCUUGAUGAGGCAACUGCAGCUGUUGAUGUUAAAACUGAUGCUCUUAUUCAAAAAACCAUUCGAGAGGAGUUCAAAACAUGCACAAUGCUUAUUAUUGCUCACCGAUUAAAUACCAUAAUCGACUGUGACCGGAUCCUUGUCCUUGAUUCUGGUCAGGUUCUAGAGUAUGAUACCCCAGAGGAAUUACUGCUCAAUGAAGGAAGCUCUUUUUCUAAGAUGGUUAAAAGUACAGGAGCUGCAAAUGCUGAGUACUUGUGCAGAUUAGUACUUGGAGAGGAAGGAGAGGAGGCCAUGCAACUGGACAGGCAGCCAAGAUUGCUUGCUUCUUUGCGCUAAGCUAAUGCUGCCUAGUUCACCCUUCUUGUUAGCACAACUUGGUCACAAAAUGACCUUCAAUUUUUGGAACCUGUAGAAAACAAAGGAUUUGGUUAUUAUGCAGGGAGUUCUGAAAGAAGCAUGGUGGAGUAGUACUUGAAGAAAUGCUGAGACAAUUCCAGGUUCCAGGAGGUAGAAGAUGGUGGUCCACCCCCCACAACAUGUCUGAAGGUACAAUAUAUUAAACUUACAUUUGUACUACACAAUAUUGACAUUGUUUUCAGGCCAAGAUCAUUGAUGAAAUCGAAAAAGUUGUCGAGAGAUGAAA